AGGAGAGUAUUUUGGGACAACUUUAAGAGCUUCUAGGUCAAUUCCAAUAGUUUGUGUUUGGGAUGGAUGUGCCUCCUGCACGGUCCAUACUGCUGGUGGGAGAGGGGAACUUCUCCUUUUCCUCCUCUGUGUGUCAGCUAGAAGCAGAGAGCAGCAUCACCGCCACUUGUCUGCAGCAUCAGGAGGAGGCACUGCGGCAGGAGGGUGCAGCCAUCAACAUCCAGACCAUCCAGGACUCAGGAGGAUGCGUGCUCUUUGGGGUGGAUUGCACCAAGCUGGGGGAGUGUGUCUCCCUGCAGGGCCGAGUGUUUGAUCGGGUGGUGUUCAACUUUCCUCACUGUGGAAGGAAGAGUGGAGUGAAGAAGAACAGAGAGCUGCUGAAAAACUUCUUCCUCAG